AAAACAGCUGAUACGUAAAUGGGUGUUUGUUGUUUGUUUAUUUAUUGAGGAGGUUAAAGUGAAUCUUGUAGUCAGUGUUUUUAAAGUUUAUUUUAAAUGUUUUAGCUCUCGGUAAUUUUAUAAUGUCUAUAACCAGCUAUAUAAGAAUUCUUUUGUUUAUUCAUAGAUGUUACAGUUUUGAAAUCACAUUGGUUGUGAACUUCUAAAUUCUUCAGUUCAAUGAUUUUCUUUUUUGCAAUGACUUAUAAACAAUAGAUAAAAGAGUUGUAAAGUACUAUUUUAGCUGCUUGAAGGAAAUUAGUUAUUUGAGGAGUUCAGAUAAUGGUAUUUUUAGAUUCUGAAAAUGAUAGUAGCAGUGCUUCUCAGAGUGCUUCAAGACACAGUAAUGUGAACAAUAAAGUAAUAGACCUGGAGGAUAGCUCAGCUAAUGGCAUUUUGAGACAUAAAGCUUUACAGUGUGCUAAUUUAUAUGAAUACCUAAUCACUUUGCCUGAAGAUGUGAUUGACACUCUGUUUUCAUAUCCUAUAAUUUGUCUAGCCGUUUACAGGGAUCUACCAGAUAUUGGUAAGCAUUAUGUUAUGCGAGUAUUGUUUGUUGAACAACCUGUACCUCAGGCUGUCAUUGCUUCCUGGGUAGGUCAAGAAUAUUCCAAAGAGCAUACCGAAGUUGUUGAGGUUUUGUCCAAACUUAAAGUAUGGCAAGAGGCUUCAAUACCUGGUGGAUUGCCUGCUUGGGCCUUGAAUAUUACAUUCAAGAAAAAUUUGAAAGUAGCUAUUUUUGGUGGAGGUUCAAGUUGGGGAUGCAAUCCUAACAUGGAAGCUGACACUAAAGCAAGAGAUGUUGAAUAUCUGGAUAAAUAUGCUAUGGAAAGGUGGGAAUGUGUUCUACAUUACAUGGUUGGAUCUCAACAACAGGAAGGUAUCUCUGCUGACGCUGUUCGAAUAUUACUUCAUGCUGGUUUAAUGAAGAGAGAUGAUGAUGACGGUAGUCCUGUAAUUACUAGAGAUGGCUUUCAAUUUCUUCUUCUGGAUACUCCUGCUCAGGUUUGGUAUUUUAUGCUUCAAUAUCUUGACACUGUGUAUGCAAGAGGAAUGGAUCUCGCUCAGUGCUUAGCUUUUCUUUUCCAGUUAAGCUUCAGCAUCCUGGGCAAGGACUACAGUACUGAAGGAUUAAGUGAGAGCCUUCUUACAUUUCUGCAGCAUUUAAGAGAGUUUGGUUUGGUCUAUCAACGAAAAAGGAAAGGAGGAAAAUUCUACCCUACCAGAUUAGCUCUUAAUAUGACAAGACAGAAAGGUAAAUCUGAAAUAAGCAGUCAAGAAGGCUUUGUUAUUGUGGAGUCUAAUUAUAGAGUAUAUGCCUAUACCGAUUCUAACUUGAAAGUAGCUCUGAUUGGGUUAUUUACUGAAUUACUAUAUAGAUUUCCUAAUAUGUGUGUUGGAACUUUAACAAGAGAUUCUGUAUGUAUGGCCCUGCGGAGUGGAAUAACUUCUGAACAAAUUAUAAGAUUCUUGACACUCCAUGCACACUCCUUAUUGGUCGCCAAAGGUGGUCCCGUCAUCCCACCAACUAUAAGUGAUCAGAUACGUUUAUGGGAAAAGGAAAGAGACAGGUUUAAUUUCACGGAAGGAAUCCUUUACAGUCAGUUCCUAUCUCAUUCAGACUUUUCUGUUCUUAGAGAUUAUGCUUCUGAACAGAACUGUUUGAUAUGGCAUUGUGACAAACGCAGAACUAUGGUAGUUACCAAACAAGGUCACGAUGAUGUGAAAAAAUUUUGGAAAAAACAUUCUAAAGGUCCCAUUUCAAAUUGUUAAUAUUUGUAUUAAUGUUACUUUGUAUUACUUUAUAUGCAAAAGAAAAAAUGUAUAUUGUGAAAAUAAUGGAUAUCUUUGUACUAUUUAAGAUUUUUUUUUCUUUUUUUUAACUUCAAAUGUAAAUGCUGGUUGUACUUCUGAGAUGUUGAAUAAAAUAAGUAUAUGUUUUUCAUUUAUUUUAUUUUUUUAAUUUAUUCUUUAACCACACUCUUUCUUGAUCUUAUUUACCUGAGUAAUUUAAUUAGAUUGAAGGAUUCCUUAAAAAAAGUCUCAGAAGUUUAUAUUAUGUAUACAAAUUAUGAGUGAUAAUUAAAAUUACCAACAUAAUUAUUGUAAAAUAAAAAAUAUAAUUAAUAUAUAUCUGGCAUUGU